AUGAUCGUACCACGUCAAUCCCGUGCCCCGACCGGUACACACCCCUUGCCCGGGUCCCCCCUUCAUAGUCACACCCCCUGCCCCCUCAUGCCAUCCGCUCCCCCCGCCCCCACCCUCCGCGUGCCCGCUCCCUUGCCGCCUCUUUUGACCCUCCCUGCCCCCCUCGCCGUUUCCCACCGCCCGCCAUUCGCUCCUCCCCGCCCGUGCGCUCCCCUCGUUUACCUUCUCCUCCCCCCUCCCUCCUCUGCUGCACGCCUCUUCCUUCCCUCGCCGACCCACUCCACUCCCUGCCCCUCCUCAAUCCGCACCCUGCCCCUCGUAUCUCGCCCCCCUAUGCUUGGUUUCUCCCCUCCCUGCCCCUCGCCGCCUUUCUCCGCUCCCCACCUCCCCCCUCUCCCUGCCCCCCCACUCUCCCCCCCUUGCCCUUGGCUUCCUACCUCCCUGCCCCCACCUUUCCCCCCUCCGUGUGCUCAGCUUCUCCCCUCCCUGCCCCUCCCUCCUCCCGCCCUGCCCCUCAUUUUCCGCCCCCCCACGCCCGGUUUUCUCCCCUCCCCGCGCCUCCCUUUCUUUCUCCCGUGCCUCUCCUUUGCUCCCUCCCUGCCCCCGCCUGCCCAUGCCCCUGUCUUUGGCUUCUCCCCUCCCUGCCCCACGUUUCUUCCCUCCCUGCCCCCCCUCUGCCCCUCCCUUGUUUUCCCCUCACCCAUUGCUUCUCCCCUCCCUGCCCUUGAUUUCCUGCACCCCUGCCCUUGUUUCCUACCAUCCAUGCCCCUCGUUUCCCCCCUUUGGCCCCCAGCAGACUUUUCUCCCCCCAGCCCCCGUCUCCCGGCCCUCAGUACCUCCGUGCACGGUCUCCUGCCACCCUUGGUCCCGCUCUGUCCCACCUCCCCCCUCCCCUCCCAGCUUCUCCCUAUCACCACCCUCAUGUUCCCCCACUUCCCUGCCCACACCAUACCUCCUCCACCCCCCCUCCCGCAGUCCCCACUUCCAUUUUGCCCCCCACACCUCUACGAGCCGUACUUCCCCCUCCAGCCCCCCUUUCCCCCCCAGGUGCGCCCAUAUCCUGCGUGGGCUGCACCUCUGCAUCCCGCCCUGCCAGGCCCUUCGGUGACCCACCUGCCGCCACCUGGCACCACACCGCCCUUCCCACCCCCAUCCAAUCUCUACACCCCCUGCCCCUGCCCCCUGUGCACUCCAGCCACCUACCCCAGCCUCCCUCUACCUUUCCCUGGCACCACACCGCCCUUCCUACCCCUAGCCAAGGUCUACGCCCCUUGCCUCUGCUCCCUGCGCUGUGCCGUCCCCAACCUCCCUCCGCCUCACCUCGGCACCAGACCGCCUCUCCCUCCCCCAGCCAACCUCUGCACCCCCUGUUCCUGCCCCUUGUGCCUUCCAACACCCUACCCCAACCCCCCCCAGUCUCCCCCUUCUCCAGCAGCCAUAUUUCCUCCCCCCUGGGGCUCGCCCAUCCGCUAUUAUCACCCUUCAUCGAUUCCCCAAUUCCCUCUGUCCCCUGUUUCCCGGCCCCGCAUUCUAUUUUGCAUUUACCACAGCGCCUCCUUUCGGUGCCCUCUCUGCUCUCCCACGUUCUCACCCCCCGGCCCCCAACCUUCUCUUUACCCGCUACCAGGCUCACGCCAACUCGACUACCCACUACCCUUUGCCCCUUCCUCUCUGUUCCCCACCCUUCCUCCCCCACUUUGCUCCACCUGCCCACCCCCACCUCCCGUUGAAUUCUGUCCCGCCCUCCCACCUCUGGCCCACCACCUUUCCCCACACCCUGCUCACCCACCGCUACAUCGCCCCCGCUCCCCCACCUCCACUACAGCCCGCCAACACUUCCCCUCUCAACCGGCCCCCAGCCCGCCCCCCCCUUGGGCCCCCAUCCCCUCCAACUCUAACCCCCCGCACCCCGGCCUCUGCCAGGGAGUUUCUUCCCCCUUUGACGCCCUCUUGAGCCAACUCCAGCAACUCACACCGCCACCGCCAGGCAUGCUGCCUCUGGCCGGGGGGGAACCUGCAGCAGACACUACACGGGAAGGAGUAAGUGAGUCUGUAGUGGAAGGAGCAGCAGAGGCUGCAGAGGACGGGGCAGCAAAGGCUGCACGGGAAGGGGCAAGGGAGAUUGUGGGGGAAGGGGCAGCAGAGGCUGCAGAGGAAAGGGCAGCAGAGGCUGCAGAGGAAAGGGCAGCAGAGGCUGCAAUGGAAGGGGCAGCAGAGGCUGCACAGGAAGGGGCGGCAGGGGGCGUGACUUUGGCCAGGCAAAGGGCAGAGGCCAUGGAGACAGGUUUUGCAGAAGAAGGGCCCACAGGACCCGCUGCUGAUUCGGCUGGGGGAACCGCAGCAGGGGAGGCUAUAGGGACCGCAUCAGGUGAGGCCGCACAGACCGCAGCAGGUGAGGCUGCAGGGACCACAGCGGGUGAGGCUGCAGGAGGGACCAUGGCAGGUGAGGCCGCAAGGACCGCAGCAGGUGAGGCUGCAGGGGCCGCAGCAGGUGAGGCUGCAGGGGCCGCAGCAGGUGAGGCUGAGCAGAUUCUAGCAGGUGAGGCUGCACAGACUACAGCAGGUGAGGCCGCAAGGUCUGCAGCAGGUGAGGCCACAGGGACUGCAGCAGGUGAGGCUGCAGGGACCGCGGCAGGUGAGGCUGCAGGGACUGCGGCAGGUGAGGCUGCAGGGACUGCAGCAGGUGAGGCUGCAGGGACUGCAGCAGGUGAGGCCGCAGGGACUGCAGGUGAGGCUGCAGGGACUGCAGCAGGUGAGGCUGCAGGGACCACAGGGGGUGAGGCUGCAGGAGGGACCAUGGCAGGUGAGGCCGCAGGGAGCGCAGCAGGUGAGAUUGCAAGGGCCGCAGCAGGUGAGGCUGCAGGGGCCGCAGCAUGUGAGGUUGAGCAGAUUCUAGCAGGUGAGGCUGCACAGACUACAGCAGGUGAGGCCGCAGGGACUGCACCAGGUGAGGCUGCAGGGACUGCGGCAGGUGAGGCUGCAGGGACCGCGGCAGGCGAGGUUGGGCAGAUUCCGAUAGGCGAGGCUUCACAGACUGCAGCAGGUGAGGCUUCACAGACUGCAGCAGGAGCGACAGGGGCCACAGUGGGGGCUGGUACAGGGGGAGGUGCUACGGGGGCUGCAGCGGGGAAGGGGGUAACGGGGAUUGGUGCGAGGGAGAGUGCCGCCCCGGCUGUAGCAAGAGAAGGUGCGGCAAGGGCUGGAGUGGGAGAGGGGACUGCAGAGGCCUCAAAGGCAGAAGGUGAGGCUGCAGCUGAAGCAGCAGGGAGGGCCAUAGCACGGCCAGUAGGGGCGGCAGGCGCCGCAGCAAGCGCGGUGAAGCACACAGCAGGGCCGGCAGAGACUGCAGAAGGGGCUAGCAGUAAAGCGGCAGCAGGUGGGGUGGGCUCGGGGGACAUAGGGGCAACAGGGGGAGGAGAGGCGAGCGAGGUCCCAACCGGAGGGACCACUGAAGGGGGGGAUGUGAUAGUGAUAGAGGAGGAUGAGGUAGAGGACGUGAUGCACAUCGACGGGCCACUGGCCCAAUACCUCACGCUUGACGGUGAGGCUGACUCGGCCCCCCUGCUGCCUCAGGCCGAGGUUCCCCCUCUCCCCCCCAGGCCCGACCCCAUGCUAGCAGAUGGACCGAUGGAGGGGCGGGAGGAGACUUUGCGGACAGAACCUCGCGAGGGAGACCCCAUCCUUACCCCCCGUCCCCCAGCCCACCACCCCCCGGGAGCACCACUUCCCCACCCCCACCCUCAGGUCCCUGUAGCAUCCAGGGGGGCAGCCAAGGCCCUGGCCUUCUUGGCGGAGCCGUGCUCCCCGACCCCCACGCUGUUCCAUGGCCAGCCCCCCUCUCUGUCCCCAACGGCUGACCCCACGGUUACAGGCGGUCCACCGGGAGAGCGCGCGGCAAACCUCUGCCCCCACCCUCAGGGGCUCCCCCGAGCACCACGUGGAGCAGCCAGGGCUCUGGCCUUCCUAGAGGAGCCAUGCUCCCCGACUCCUACCAACACCCAGCCACCCCCUUCCGGCCCACUACCCCCCCCUCCACCAGGCCCUCCCCCACCCGGCACGGACAACCAGGUUGGCCGCCGGCGGAAGAACAAGGGCAGAGGAGGCAGAGGGUCAGCCCCCGUACUCCCCCCUCCCUCCCUCCCCCACCAGGAGCCCCUCCCCACCCCACAUCCCGCUGAACCCUUACCAGGCCCUACCCCUACAGGCCGACCACCAAACUUACACUCCCGUCCCGCACCUGCACCUCCACAGGGCCAUGGGAGCGGACCAGCCCACUCACCCCCGGGCCGCCUCUCCCUUGCUCUACCCCCCCCCCAGGUGGUGGCGGCGGCCGCGAGCCCUGCCGGGAUGGUGGCCGACGGGUUGAGGGAUGCGCCCAUGGCAGACGCCACCGACUCCCCCUCCCAUCCCUCCCACCCCUUCCAUGUCGACGACCCCCUACCGCAACCCAUGGUGAUUGGGGAGGGCCAAGGGGGCCUUCUAGGGCAGGGUCCACACCCGAGCUCUGCUCAGCCAGUACGCCCCACCCCACCCUCUACCCUGCCAGCCCUCCUACUCUCACCUACAGACAGGCAGGUUAUCAGGACCCCAGAGGAGGUGAGGGCUGGCAUCUCAGAUCUGCUGGCGAUACAGCACCCGAGCAGCUCCCCGGCUGCCCCCACCCUACCAGCCCCACAGGUCCGGAUCCGGACGUAUGCGGAGGUCACACGUUCUGUCCCUUCUUUUAUCCCCUCCGCUACUGAGCCAGGCGCGUCACUCCCGUCCCCAAUGGAGACGGACCUGGUUCUGAGGCCGGGUCACUCGCACCUAGACGGGGUGGCGCCUCCCCCCGUUCAGCCCGGGGCGCAGGAGGUCACCAGCAUUAGGGAUGAGGCGCCCGCCCCUGCCGAGACCCCUGCAGAGCCGCCACUUGGACCGCACCCCGCCGAGGGGCAGGGGCACACCACGGCACACACUUCAGGCUCACCUCCACAUCCCCCCUCCUUAGCUUCGAGACCGGUACCAGCAGGAGGCCCGGCCCCAUCCUGUGUGGCACCUCCUCUAUCUUCUCCGACACCCCCCCUGCGCGGGGCAGGUGAGUCGUCUCCUCCCCUCAUCCCAGGCGAUCCUCUUGGAGCUCAGGCCGCCCAUGGGGCCCCCUCUACAGCCAGUUCCGACGCCACGGCCCCGAUUGACCCCGCCGACACGGCGACAUCACCCGACCAGGUCGUGAGUUGCCCCACCUGCAGGAGCUCUCUCGCGAACCGACGCGCGCUCCAGCACCACACUCCCUUCUGCCAUCCGGCGGACGCAGCUCGCAGGGCACAGGCCGUCCAUGACGCCACCUCGAUCCUCCCUUCCCUCUCACAGCCCCGUGCGACUGGGAUACAGUUCACUGACGCACAGUGGCAGACGCUCGACUCGGUGGACUGGACAGAGUACUUCUCGUCCGAGCGUAUCCAUGCACGCCCUCCCUCCGGCGUGUCCCGGAGAGGGUCCCCGGAGGAUAUCUCGACGUUCUCAAGCUUCGCUUCUGGUGAGCCAGAGCAGAUCGACCGGGCUCUGCAGACGGCGCUAGAGGGUCUCCCACCUGACGUUCUCCCUCUCCUUCCCUCCUGGCCCUCUUGCGCUUCUGUCCUGCCCCCUGAUUCCCUUUGUUGCAGGAGCGAGCCGCCUUCUGCUAGCCCUUGCAGUCAGUGCUCCUGUGGACAGGCGAUCGACGACAUGACGGUGCCUCAUCACGCGGUUCGGUGCCCACGUUUCGGCGUCGCCACGACCAUCCACGACACGGUGAAGUACAUGCUUCGAGAUUUCGCGGUCGAGGCGGGCUUCGCGGUGAAGGUGGAGGACACCACGCUGUUUACACAGUUGGAGGCGGCUCGGGGCGAGACUGCAGGGACAGCCGGUGGUGGGGGAGGAGACACGGGCGGGCAGAGGGGAGGGCAGGGGGAGCAGACGGGCCAGGACGUGGAAGGGGGACAGCAGGGGCAGCAGCAGGAGAGCCAGCGGGGGCCGCGGGCCCAGGGCGUCGCACCUCCGGGUGUGGGCUCGGGGGUGGGGCAGGGGCGAGAGCAGCAGAGAGCGAACGGAGGUACAGUGUGGGGGGAGCGGGAUCGGGAGGGGAGGACCAGGGAGUGGGAGAGGCAGCAGGGGAUCGAGCAGGGGGGUUGGGAGGGUUGGAGGAGGGUAGAGAGGGGGAGAGGAGAGGACAGGUGGGUGGAGGAGAGGAGAGGGGGAGAGAGACGACCGGAGAGGAGGCACCGAGGGACCAGACAGGGCAGCAGCCAGCGCAGCAGCAGGGACCAGUCGGACGCACAGGCCGGUCACACCCCCUGCCCCCUCAUGCCAUCCGCUCCCCCCGCCCCCACCCUCCGCGUGCCCGCUCCCUUGCCGCCUCUUUUGACCCUCCCUGCCCCCCUCGCCGUUUCCCACCGCCCGCCAUUCGCUCCUCCCCGCCCGUGCGCUCCCCUCGUUUACCUUCUCCUCCCCCCUCCCCUCCUCUGCUGCACGCCUCUUCCUUCCCCUCGCCGACCCACUCCACUCCCUGCCCCUCCUCAAUCCGCACCCUGCCCCUCGUAUCUCGCCCCCCUAUGCUUGGUUUCUCCCCUCCCUGCCCCUCGCCGCCUUUCUCCGCUCCCCACCUCCCCCCUCUCCCUGCCCCCCACUCUCCCCCCUUGCCCUUGGCUUCCUACCUCCCUGCCCCACCUUUCCCCCCUCCGUGUGCUCAGCUUCUCCCUCCCUGCCCCUCCCUCCUCCCCGCCCUGCCCCUCAUUUUCCGCCCCCCACGCCCGGUUUCUCCCCUCCCCGCGCCUCCCUUUCUUUCUCCGUGCCUCUCCUUUGCUCCCUCCUGCCCCCGCCUGCCCAUGCCCCGUCUUUGGCUUCUCCCCUCCCUGCCCCACGUUUCUUCCCUCCCUGCCCCCCUCUGCCCCUCCCUUGUUUUCCCCUCACCCAUUGCUUCUCCCCUCCCUGCCCUUGAUUUCCCGCACCCCUGCCUUGUUUCCUACCAUCCAUGCCCCUCGUUUCCCCCCUUUGUACGUUCAGCCUCUUCCCUCCCUGCCCUCCCCUCCUCCCCCCCUGCCUUUGCUUUCCCCUCGUUACGCUCCCUUCUUCCCAUCCCUGUUGCCCUCUGCCACCAUCAGCCCAUCCGCACCAGCAGCCCCCUCCCACCCUUGUCUCCCCCCCCCCCUUUCCCUCUCUCUCUCUCUCUCUCUCUCUCUCUCUCUCUUUUCUCACACACACACGCACACUCCCCUCCCCCACCCCCCACCCACAUCCUCCCAUUCUGUCCCUCCCUGCCCCUUCCCACCCCCUUUUACGUCCCUCACCUCCCACCUCCGUGCAACUGUUUCCCCCCUAUGGUGCCUCCCUUGCAUCGCUCGCCCCUCUGCUCACCCUCUGCCGCCCCUUUUCCGUGCCCUCAGCUGGCCCAGCCCUGCCCGUUGCUGCCCCUCCCCUUGCCCCCUCAACUCCCCUGCCCCCCGUACACCCAGUCCCAUCCAACCGCCCCCACCCUCCCCGGCUGCCCGUUUCCGCUCUCCCCCCCGCGACCGUGUGCGGCUUCCAACCGCCCAACGGUGUCCCCUCUUCCUUCACACCCGGGCAGGGACAACGAAAACCAAGCCGGCGGCGGCGGAAGAAACAAAGGCAAAGGAGGCAAAGGGCCAGCUCACCUACUCCCCCCUCUCUCCACCCCUACAGGCGCCCCCCCCCCUUCUUCACAUCCCCCUCAAACUACACCAAGUCCCACACCGGCAGGCCAACAACCUAACUCACACUCCCCUCCCGUGUUUGCCCCUCCAUAGGCCACGGGAAUGA